AUGGAGAAAAUUAGAAGCAUUAGUACUCUUCUUAUACUUUUCUUCAUUUUGUUCUUAGCUUCUUCCAAUUAUACAACAGCAUCUGAGAAACAUGAGUAUGCGGGAGAGUUCAGCUAUGAGUAUGAUAGCGAAAGGGGACCGGAACGAUGGGGAGAAAUACGAGAAGAAUGGAGUAUGUGUAAGAAUGGAAGGAUGCAGUCUCCAAUUGAUCUUUCGAAUGAGAGAGUUGAAAUGGUUUCCCAUUUAGGGAUUGUUAAAAGGAAAUACAAGCCAUCCAUUGCCACCCUCAUUAAUAAAGGCCAUGACAUGCAGUUGAGUUGGAAAGGCGACGCGGGAUCUAUAAAAAUAAAUGAAACUGAAUAUGAACUCGACCAAUGUCAUUGGCAUUCACCUUCCGAGCAUACCAUUAACGGUCAAAGAUUUGAUCUCGAGGCUCACUUGGUUCAUAAGAGCAAGAGCGGAAAAAUUGCCGUUAUAAGUAUCAUUUACAAACUUGGACAUGCCGAUUAUUUCUUAAGCCAGUUGAAGGAAGAUUUGAUAGACCUUAAAGACAAACUAGAAAUGGAGAAAAUGGUGGGGAUUGUAGAUCCGAGAAUGAUUGAGAUUGGAAAUCAUAAAUAUUACCGUUAUCAUGGUUCUUUAACUACUCCUCCAUGCAAUGAAACUGUUAUUUGGACCGUCGUCAAUAAGGUAAUGACAGUAUCUAGAGAACAACUAAAAGUGUUGCGGAAGGCAAUUCAUGAUGAAUCCGGGAGCAAUGCUAGACCAUUACAAUCCAUAAAUGAACGUACAGUUCAAUAUUAUAAUCCUGAAGAUUAUUAA